CUGUGGGAAGCUCUGCAGGAGAAGCUGUGCCAUUCCAGCCAGACUCAGGGCUCAGUGUUCUGGUCAGUCAUGCCACCCCAGUCGCUGCUGUCCAUCCUGCUCCUCUGUGUGCUGCUGCUGCAGGCCCAGGGGGGGUACCUGGACAGAGAAAGGAUGUGGGGAAUGCAGGCCUGUGUGAAGUACCCCCCUGUCAACCUAUGCAGCCGUCACUGUUCAUAUUUCCAAAAAUGUCAAGAAAAUCAUACCUGCUGUCUGACCUUCUGUGGGAAUGUCUGCAUGAGCCUCCUGUGAGUGCGAGCGUGUCUGGCCUCCCCAGCUCCCUCAGCCCUCUGCGCAGGGGCUGUGCCCACGUCUGAAGCCCAGGACCUUGGAUCACGGGAACAAGAAUGUAAAAAGAAAUGCAGCCGUCCCCACUGUCUGAACUACCUGUCCCUGUCAAAUAAAGCAGAAAGAAAGGCAGAAUGCUGCUCGCA